CGCUUUAAGGCCAACGAAAUGAAUAGAUUAUUCAAAUCUUAAAUAACUAUGGCAACGUUAUGUGGUAGCUUGUUGGUCUUGGGCUUAGCUGUAGUAGCAGCACUACCAACUGAUCCAGUUAUAAGGAAAUUGGAUCAAAACCUUCGGUACCAAUAUGCUGAGAAACCAGAUGGGUCUCUGCAGCUCGUCGACCUAUGGAUGAAAGUCAGCGACUUUUCUGAAGUGUCCAGGUUCAGUCCCGACAUACACAAUGUUUACCAUCUGUUUACCAGAGCUAAUCCAAGUGUGAGCCAGCCGCUUUUGGUGGGCAAUGAUGGGUUGCUCGGUAGCACCAACUACGAUCCAUCGAAGAGGUGCAUCAUUCUCAUCCAUGGAUGGCUGGAUGGUGCCACAUCUGAUUUCAACAUGGUCUUAGUUCCAGCUUUUCUCGCUGCUGAAGAUGUGAACGUCAUCGUCGUAGACUGGAGUGCAGGCGGCGGUACUAUCAAUUACGCUACCGCUGUUGCCAAUACAGUACCAUCAGGUGAAAGCGUGGCUCGCUUUAUCAACUGGUUGAAUCGCGUCACCGGAACUACUCCAGAAAUGUUCCACUUGGUUGGGUUCAGUCUUGGCGCUCACCAGGUCGGCGUCGUGGGAAGAAACGUUGGGGGUGCCAUCACUUAUAUCACAGGUCUGGACCCCGCCGGUCCUGGAUGGAUGACCAACGACAACCGCUUUAGAGAAAACGACGGAGUGUACACCGAAAUCAUUCACACCAACGCGGGGAUAGCCGGCUUCCUCGCCACCCUGGGCCAUACUGACUUCUACCCCAACGGUGGUGUGAACAUGCCUGGCUGCGGAAUGCUGUCGGAUUGCUCUCACGCAAGGGCGAUCUUCUACUUCGCUGAGUCCAUCCGUGGUGGAGUGUUCCGAAGCCGCCGGUGUGUUUCCUACGUGACCGCCAUGGCUUCCAGCUGCGUCCUGCCCAGCAGCGUUCAAAUGGGCGGUUUGAGACCUAAGAUUGGAACGACUGGCAUUUUCUCUGUGGAGACAAACGAAGCGCCACCCUUCGCCAAAGGUUAAGAAAAACUAUACAAUCUUGAAAAUUUUCAAAGAUUGUUCCAGUAUACUUAAGAAAAACGAAUUUGUCCCAGCACCCAGCAUUCUUACAUAAAGCUUAAUAAUUUUAAUGUAAAUAACAUGAAGUUUGUAUAACAAAUUAUGUAUGAUUAAUAAAUGAGUUGUUAUUUUCAAAAAUACGUAAUAAAAAAAUAUGAAAAACGUGAUUUGGUUUAUAUACAUAUUUUAAAUUUCUUUAGAUUUUAUAAAUCAUUACAUAAAGUAAUAAGGUUUCUUUAUCUUCACACCAUCGUUGCAAUUAUAAAUAAAGACUUUAAAGUAUUUUGAACAAAAUA